GCGCAAGGGGCGGCAGCUUUUUGGAGAAUGGAUCCAGUGAGAACCCAAUAGGACACUUUCGAUACUUUUUGGCACUCAGAACGUUAGCAGUAGAGACCACGUCACUCUGUCUACUCCCCCUUUUCCUUCCCUUGUUGGAGCAACAUCCACAGCUUAGAAACAGCUGGAUAAAGAUUUUGGAUCAGAAAAGCACAAUCAUGAUGACCGGAUUUCGACUAAACCUGUCGCCCCUGAAGGAGCCCCUCGGCUUCGUCAAACUGGUGGAGUGGCUCACAGCCAUAUUUGCUUUUGGCUGCUGCGGUGGAUUUUCAGGGAAGAACGUCAUAUCUAUCCUCUGUGGCGAUGGCAGUAAUGAAACUCUCAAUGCCAUGUAUCAAUACCCAUUUAGGUUAAGCCAGUUCCCGCUCAUUGAUAAAAAUACGACUCUUUGUAACCACUCUGUCACUACAACACACAUGAUGGGAGACUCGGCCUCCUCGGCGGAGUUCUUUGUAGGUGUUGGCAUUGUCUGCUUCCUUUACAGCAUGGCAGCUCUGCUGGUGUAUUUAGGCUACAUGCACGUCUACAAGGACUCUGACUUUGGACCCAUUUUUGACUUUGUGAUCACAGCGAUCCUGGUUUUCCUGUGGCUGGUGUGUUCAUCCGCCUGGGCUAAAGGCCUGCAGAAUGUAAAGAGUGCCACAGACACUGAAGGCAUCAGUGGCACGCUGGCACUCUGUAAGGGUAGCAACAUCACCUGUGAGGUCACGGAGUUUGCUAACAUGCGGACCCUCAAUAUAUCUGUGGUGUUUGGCUACCUUAACAUGCUUGUGUGGGCGUUCAAUGCUUGGUUUGUGUACAAAGAGACUCGCUGGCACUCCCGGAAAUUUUCAUCCCAACCUGGACCAGGAAGGCACCAGGUCCCUGCGCCAAUCUAACAUACAGAUACACACAAAGACUCAGUACAAAACACAGAAAACAUGCACAUGCCAUAUACAGAAAAUCACCCUUAACUGCACGCACACACAUACACAUACACAUACACAUACAAAAAGUAUGCGUGCAUGUUAAGUACACGUGGAGAAAUGAAGAGAUUUUAACACAUAAACACACACACACAAAUACUCUGUGAAAGUGAUGAAGACACACAAAGUGAAGGAUCAAUGGGUAGCUCAUAUUAAACUGCUGACUGCAGUUAAGUUUUGCAGCAGUACAGAUUUGCAUUGGUGUUUUGUAACCCAAUAUGACCUGAUGUGGUAUCAGGUGGUAGACAAGAAGCCAUCCACACACAAUAGCAGCACCAAUGCAACAAGCAUGCCAAAUCCUUUUAAAUGCGCCGCUGUUCUAUUAUUCUUAAAUGGCUUCAGAUGCUUUGCACACGGUGAUCGAAUCCUAUGACCUGAUUUGGUCUUCAUAGAAGUAUUGCAGUUUAUGAGGUUUUCUGCCUCGCCUGGUUUAUUACACUUAUUUUUACACAGAUGAACGUAAGGUGCUCAGCCCUUUCUCUGUGACACCACACUUGGACAUUUUAUUUUCUAAGAUCUAAGAUCAUCUGCUUUAAGGGCAGUGUGAAAAGCACAUUUUAUGACUCCUUGUUAACCGUAACUAAAUGUGUUUAUUUACAAAAGUGAGUGUGAUCGAUAUUGCAAAAUGUAAUAUACAUUUUGCCUUGUAUUUGCACAUUUUUCAAAAAUAUUUGUAGAUUAAAAAGAUAUGCCUCAUUCCAAAACCAUUUCUUUUACAUCAGUUAACUGACUCCCUCAUACCCUCUAGUGUCAGAAAGAGGGAAUCACUGAAGUCUCUAUGAAACUCGACUCAUGCCAACCAUUUAUCCUUACGGAUUUUUCUUUGUAAAAAACAGGCAAGCAGCCUGACCUAGUUUAUUUCCAAGGUUAAAAUAACUGUAGUCUAGGACCUUUUUAUUUUGCACUGAUGAGGUGCUUGUGUGAUUUUAUCAAUGUUGCAUUAAAGGAACAAUUCACCCUCAAAAUCAAAUAUACAUUUUUUUUUCAGGCGUACUACCAUGUGUCCAACAAACACGGCACAACCUGUUUGUUUACAUCCUGUCACGGUGUCAGUCAGCUAAGCAAAUAUGUAAAUUUGAUUUUUGAUGUCAAUUGUCUCUUUAAGCACUGUGAGCAUAAAUCCAUGAAGAAUACUUGAGAGUUGCUUUCUUUAACCCGAAUGCAGUGCAGUCACACUUUUCUUCAAAGGUACCAGUUAAAGCAUUUUCAACUUUCUUGUUAAUUUCAUCCCUUUUUGCAGCGAAAAUAUUCAGCCAAAGCGCUAUUUUCUUUUAUCCUGGUUUAAGCUUCCUACAUAUCUCUUAUGUGAUUUUUAAGCCUGUUAUUGUGCCGUUGUUUAAACUAGUCCAUCCUGUUUUCCAUAGUUGUUUUGGUUUUCUUUCCCCAGACCAAAUGGUGAGCUGGUAUUGUGUUUUAAGAACUGUGUCGUAUUUUUGUAUCAUUUCUCAUUUUCAGUAUAUCCAGAUGUGUUUUUUGAUUAUUAUUAUUUUUUCUCCUUGUCCUUUCUAUUGUGUUUUGACUGUCUCUGUGUAGGGUGGUUUCAUUCCUUCUAUUCCUUUAACUUUAAAGUUCAGUGAAACAGCAAGUGUCUGGUGUACUGGUUAUGCCACUGCACUCCUGUAAUCAGCUAUAGCUUCUUCUUUUUUUUAAUGAUUCCUUUACAUUUAACCUGCCAAUUUUUCUUAUGCAAUGCACUCUGUCACAUGCACAAUUUGGAUGUACUUUUUUCCAAUAAAAAAAACAAAA